AGAGCGACCUUACCUCUAUGGACUUGGGAUUGUAUCAACGAUAAAUGCGUCCCAACAAAAGCAACGCUCUCCGGAAGACUCCAGUCUCUAAUGACUUGUAAUAUGCUAUGCGCUUCUAUGACUCUUUGGCCACAGCCUACUGGACAAGUUAGCUUAUCAACAUCUGCCGUACCAGUCCGGUCAGACUUAUUUCACCUGCAAAUAUUAUCGUUUCCAUCAAGGUCCGUUCGGGAACACGUCAAGGGCGCAUUUGAGAUAUUUCAGGGCGUCUUACGAAAAAUGGAACACGACAUACGUGUUUUUGAGGACUGGCGGACAGUUGCUGUGUAUGUAGCUAUAAGCGAGAGCGGGCAAGGAGAUCCAAGACUGCGACUGGAGACCGACGAAAGUUAUCGGUUUUCUCUUAGACCAAGAAACGGCACAUCAAGGUCACUCCAAGUUGAUAUAUCAGCUAAUUCAUUUAAUGGAGUGCGUCAUGCUUUUGAAACUGUUUCACAGCUUGUUUGGUUUGAUCCAUACGCUGGAUCACUUUUCAUGAUGGAGGCAGCUAGCGUUGAUGAUGCCCCACGAUUUAAAUAUCGUGGUCUGAUGCUUGACACUGCUAGAAAUUACUUUCCUGUUAGUGAUCUACUCCUUACAAUAGAUGGAAUGGCUUCCUGCAAACUUAAUACAUUUCAUUGGCAUGCUACUGAUGCUCAAUCCUUUCCUCUUGAGUUGGAUAGUUUGCCACAAUUAGCGCAUUACGGUGCUUAUGGUCCAGGAGCCAUCUACACCACAGAAGAUAUACGCACUGUCAUUCAGUACGCAAGAUUACGUGGCAUUCGCGUUUUGCUAGAGGUAGACUUGCCGGCUCACGUAAGUGCAGCAUGGAUGUGGCAGGGCAGAAAAAUUGCUGAUAAUAUUGUGCUUUGCUUGAAAAACAAACCAUGGACUGAGUAUUGUGACGAACCUCCAUGUGGGCAAUUAAAUCCGCGAAGCGUUUUAGUGUAUACAAUGAUCGAAAAGUUGUAUGCGGAAAUUAUACAAUUAACCGGUGUGGAUGACGUUUUCCAUAUGGGUAACGGCGAUGUAUCACUACGUUGUUGGGCUGAGAAGUUUAAUGCGACCGACCCUAUGGAUCUUUGGCUUGUGUUCACAACUAAUGCACUACAACGAUUAGAAACUGCAAAUGAAAAACUACCAAACUUAAUAUUGUUCUGGGACUCCAAAAUGAGGGAUCGUAUCAAAUCGGAUUUAAAACCAUACUACCGCAAUCUUGGAUUACAAGUUAACGAUUUAGCGUCGUCCCAGAAGUAUCUAAGUGGGCUACGGUUAAUUCUAUCCCAUCAAGAUGCUUGGGAUUUGAAUGACGGCUACAGCAAAUGGUAUGAAGAAACUGGAAACUCAAAUUUCAACUCAUGGCAGAGAGUUUACGAACACAGGCCGUGGACUAGAAAAGCAAUUAAAUCCUUGGAAGGUGGUGAGGCAACGGUGUGGACAUCCACUUUGAGUAAAGAUGGAUUAGAUUCCAGAAUUUGGCCAAGAGCAGCAGCAUUGGCAGAAAGAUUGUGGUCAGACCGAGCUGAAUCUGCAACUCGACCAGUACACGCAAGACUUGAUUUACAUAAUUUACGAUUAAAACAACGUGGUAUACAAACAACCCCACUGUGGUCAAACUGGUGUUCUCAGAAUCCUUACACAUGUUGAUAAAAAUAUUGACAGCCCUACUUGCCCGGAAACGGUAGUGACGAAAACUAUUAUUUAAAAUCACACC